AUGGUUGCCGUGGCAAGACAGGAUGUGCGUUCGGGUCCCCGAGUGCCAAAGUGGUAUGCCGACCGGUCGGUGCUGGUGACAGGGGCCACCGGUUUCCUGGGGAUGGUCAUCGUGGAGAAGCUUCUGCGAUCCUGCCCUGACAUUGGCACUAUCUACAUGCUGGUGAGGCCCAAGCGUGGACGGGACCCCCAAGAGAGGUUGGAAGAAUAUGUGUCCAAUGUGCUGUUCUCGAAGCUUCGAGGAGAGCGGCCCGACUUCGCACGCCAUCUGUCUGUGAUCUCCGGCGAUGUCAGCUCGCCGGACUUCUGGCUGGCAGAGCAGGACAUGGCUGCCCUGCGGCGUGACGUCAGCGUCGUCUUCCACUGCGCCGCCAGCGUCCGCUUCGACGACAGCCUGCGCAAGGCCGUCAACACCAACGUGGUGGGCACGAAGCGCGUGCUGCAGCUGGCCGAGCAGCUGCCCAACCUGCAGGUAUUCCUGUACAUCUCGACCUCCUUCUGCCACUCAGACCAUCAAGUCGUUGAAGAAAAAUUGUACCCAGCAAAAGCAGACCCAGAAAAGAUUAUGAAUAUUGUUUCGACAAUGGACGACGACCUUUUAGAGAUUAUAACACCAAAGUUGCUGGGGAACCUACCAAACACGUACGCCUUUACGAAGAACCUGACAGAGGAGCUGGUGGCGAGGUACUCCGACCGGCUGCCAAUCGUCAUUGCCAGGCCGUCCAUUGUGGUAUCGAUCUGGAAGGAGCCGCUAGAAGGCUGGACAGCGAAUAUGAAUGGACCAGUCGGCUUCCUCGUAGCUAUUGGGAAAGGCGUGGUGAGGGUUUUAAUGGCAGACCUCAACAUCGCAUCAGACCUCAUACCUGUCGACUGCACGGUUAACGCCAUCAUCAUAGUGGCGUGGCAUGUUGCAGUAACGAGGCAGCCGAAUCCGUAUGUUUGCAACAUAACUAACGGUCGUCAGAACUACGUCACCUGGGGAGGCGUCACGAAGAAUAUGCUGAGGAUAAAUGCGACGGAGGUUACUCUACGACCAGUUCUGUGGUAUUGUCAGCCAAUUGUGACGACUUCAGUCGUGUGGUACACAAUCUGCCACUUCUUCCUCGAAGUCUUGCCUGCACAUAUUCUCGACUUCUUCAUCCGUCUUUGUGGAAGGAAACCAUUAUUGCAGGCCACGUGGGUCGCAGUUGCACCGCCCCUGCCCCCACUGCUGCCGCUGCCCCCACCACUGCCGGUACCAGGAAGUAAUGUCGGUCUACUGAUGAUAUACUACUCUGAGUUCAUGUAUUACUCAUAUUGA